AAUAUGGAAUUGAAAUAGUUCCAUUCUCUGAUUUUCAACCCAUGCAUAUCUGGUUUCACACUUGGGAUACAUUUUCUUCAUGUUUGAUUUUUCUUCAUAAUAUAUGGUAGCAGAUAGAAAAAAUGGUGGUUAGCGAAAUAUAUUUCCACAGAGAUGAAAUCUGGUUCAAAAAUGGCGCAUUUCUUCUUCUUCUUCUUCACUCAAUUCCUCUCUUUACUGCUACUUCUUUCAAUCACGCCACUGAAAUUCUGUGUUGGAAUGGAUACACUUUUCCCAGAUCAAUCGAUUGCAGUUGGGCAAACUUUGAUUUCACAAACCCUAAUUUUCGAGCUCGGAUUUUUCUCCCCGGGAAAAUCCAGCAAUUAUUUCUUAGGGAUUUGGUAUAAAAGCACACCGGAGACCGUAGUCUGGGUUGCGAAUCGGAACACCCCUAUAGCAGAGCCACAAGGAGUAGUCUUAACCGUAGUUAGUAAUCAAACCCUAGUUAUACGCAGGGGCGAAAUCGUAAUUUGGUCGUCGGGGAAUUCUUCAUCGGUGGCAUCAAUUCCGGUGUUACAGCUCUUAGACACUGGGAAUUUGGUUAUCAUCGACAAUGCAAGUGGAAUUUGGAUAUGGCAGAGCUUCGAUUACCCGACCGACACGUGGCUGCCAGGUAUGAAGAUGGUGAAUGACGUGGAAGGUGGUUUGGACAAGUACUUGACAUCAUGGAGAAAUUGGGAUGAUCCUUCACCUGGAGAUUUUGUUUUCAGGAUCGAAAACGAGGGAUUGUCCGACAUGGUUUUGCUUUACGGGGGCACGAAGAAAAAGUUUCGAACUGGAAAAUGGAACGGGAUCAAUUUCGAUGGCCUUCUGCCGUUUCCGAAUAGCUUAGGCUUACCCGUGGUGGCUUUCAAGGAAGAAAGGUUGAUAUCCGUACUAGCAAACACCCACUGCUCAAAUCACUACAGAUUAACACUGGAGUCAUCCGGUGUAAUCAAGCGCUAUACUCUGAAUUCAAGAACGGACAAGUGGGAUUCGAUACGUAUUAAUCCGCGAGAUUCGUGCGAUGAAUACGGUACGUGUGGUCCUAAUGCCAUCUGCAAAUUCGAGAAACCGGUAAUAUGCGAGUGUUUCAAGGGGUUUGCACCGAAAUUGCAAAAAGAUUGGGACAGUCAAGAUUGGUCGGGUGGAUGCACUAGAAUUAGGGAACUGAAUUGCGAGGGUGGAGACGGGUUUCUCGAGGUUGAACGGGCAAAAUAUCCUCAUAUGUUGGAUUAUUGGUUGAAUAGUAGCAUGAGCCUUAGUGAAUGUCGAGCUCGAUGCUUAAGAAACUGUAAUUGCACUGCGUAUGCUAAUCCAAUCAUAACUAAUGAAGGGUAUGGAUGCUUGAUGUGGUUUGGGGAUCUCGUUGAUAUUAGGGAAAAUCUUGCUGCGGAUAUUAGGCAAAUCAUCUACAUUCGGUUACCAGCUUCAGAAAUAGUGGCUAGCACAAAUUUGGAGGAGAAGAAUAAAAUCUCUGCAAAGAUAAUAGUAAUAUCAAUUGCAGCCGGAGUUUUUGUCUCGGGCUUUGUGAAUGGAGAAAUCGGCAUUCUGACUCUUACUACUACCACCAUGCAUAAACAGGGUAAUUUGUCGGGAGAAGAAGAAAUAGCAGUUAAAAGGUUGUCAAGAUCUUCAAGUCAGGGUCUCGAAGAGUUCAAAAACGAAGUUACGUCGAUUGCCAAACUUCAGCAUAGAAACCUUGUCAGACUUUUGGGAUGUUGCAUUGAAGGAGAGGAAAGAAUGCUAAUCUACGAAUACCUACGGAAUAAAAGUCUCGACUAUUUUGUUUUCGAUCAAAAUCGAAGGGCAAUUUUAACAUGGCCUAAGCGCUUUGACAUUAUCAUGGGAAUCGCAAGAGGACUGCUUUACCUCCAUCAGGAUUCCAGAUUAAAGAUCAUCCAUAGGGAUCUCAAAACGAGCAAUAUUUUACUAGACGGAAAUCUAAAUCCAAAAAUCGCAGACUUCGGCUUAGCAAGGGCUUUUGUAGAAGACCAAUCGAUUGUUAGAACAAAACGCGUUGUCGGUACAUAUGGUUAUAUGGCUCCAGAAUACGCAAUCGAUGGGAAAUUCUCGGUGAAGUCUGAUGUAUUCAGCUUCGGAGUUGUAUUGUUAGAGAUAGUGAGUGGGAAAAAGAACAGAGGUUUUAACAACCAUGACAACUGUCAUACCCUUUUGGGACACGCGUGGUUGUUGUGGAAAGAAGACAAGUUUAUGGAGCUGAUGGAUGAAAGUUUAAACGAAACAUUCGUCGAAUCUGAACUGAAAAGAUGCGUACAAGUCGGGCUAUUGUGCGUUCAGAAAUUUGCAGAAGAUAGGCCGGUUAUGUCGUCUGUGCUUUUCAUGUUGGGAACUGAUGGAGCUGUUCUGCCUGAACCGAAAGAGCCUGCGUUUUUUUACGAGAGGAGUUUGAACCCUAUUACAAGUGUUUCAUCACCAAGUAUGAAAUCGGAUAAUAACACAAUGACUAAUACCGAUUUGGAGGCGAGAUAAAGGAGUUUCGGACAUGACCCCUUGUAUCCUUUUAACUCGAUAUAUGUCGUAAGUUCGUAACUAAUGUGUAUGUAUGUAUUUGAUUAACCAACAAUGUGUGUGAGUGGUACCAAUCUCAUUCUUGAUGGUGAGAUCCAAAUCGGCUUAAAUUCACGUUGCACUCUCGAAAUGUACCAUUUUCGCACUUUGCCACCCCGGAAAUAAUUGAUGGCAUUGUACACCCUCAAAA